AUGGCAGCAAACCGAACGACGUUCAGUUUAUAUAUCGAUGGAAGACGUGCCUUUCAGAUGAAUAAUGGUGGACCGAGUCAAGAUGAACAUGUCGCUGUGCUUUCCAAUGGUAAUCACAAUCAAUGGAUUGGUCGAAUAGCUGAUGCGGCUAUGUGGUCCCGAGCUUUACAUCCAGUAAGUUUAAAGUAUAAUUAUCAAUAAUAAUUGAUUGAAUCAUUCACUAUUUUCGUGAUUGUGAUUUUGAAAAGUCUAUUAGAAGUUGUUUUUUUGUUUCAGUACGAAAUCCGAGCCAUUUACACACAACGAAAUCGUCUUGAUCGCAUCAAUGUUCUCGAUUAUCUUCAAAGUAACUUUCGACAGAUGCCUGUAAAGCGAUGUUGCUGGCAUUUAUAUGAUCCUUUACGACGAUUUUUUAGACGCUCAUAAACAUAUGUUCCAUGAUUGUGAAUAUGUCAGUUUAACAUUUGUUCAUCGAAAUAAAGUUAAUGCAAUGAUCUUCGCUGUAAUUUGUUUAUGAGUUUUAUAUCUUUGUAGAGUCGAUAAAAGUGCAAAAAAGUAUGAAGUACGGCUCUGAGCAACACCGAGAACGAUCUUAUUUAUCUACUAUGGAUUCGAAAGGGUGUGGGUGGGUGUGGGUGUGGGUGUGUGGGUGUGGAUGAGUGUGGGUGUGGGUGUCGGGUGUGAGUAUGGGUGCGGGUAUGGGUGUGCGGAGUAGGUGUGUGGGCCUUCUUUUUACAUACACCCGCACCCACACCCUCACAACCACCCACACUCACACACCCACAUCCACACCCCUGAAAAGACUGAACUAAUUAGACGAUAUUAUAUCUUGCUUUAUAAUAAUAAUAUUCAUAGAACGUCUGUAUUUAUCUCAACAAUAAUCUAUUUGAUUAAAAUCCUUUUCUUUUUCAAUCAUUUUUUGAGAAAUCGAUAAAAUCCAAUGAUGCAUAUAGAAAAAAAAAAAGUUACUAUAACUUAACUAAUUAUAAUUAUUUUGUAAGGAAUUGUUCCAAGGGAGAAAGUGCAGAUGAACUUUUCUGUUUGUGAAUUAUAUGACUAAUGAAAUGAUAAGCCAAAUUAACCUUUGUGAUUUCAUGACAUCAAAUUUUUGAUAAAUUAUUUUUCUUUGUAUAAUAACUUUGAUGGACGAAAAUAAUCUCUGUUGUAUAUAUUAAAUAGAAAAGAAAAGUGUGAUGUCCUGGUUGAUGUAUAUUCUUGAAAGUAUUUAGG